AUGCGGCCACACUGCUGGGUGAUGGUAGCGCUGGCGGGGACCAUGUCGUACCUGAGCCCGGAGAGAGCGCUCGGAGCCCCGCAGAGGGAAGUCUCUCAGACCAGAGCUGCGUCCCUCUCUCCACCACCUUACGUUGUCAUCCUCAUCUCUUGCUCGGGGCUCGUCUCUUUUGUUCUGCUGCUCCUGACCUGCCUGUGCUGUAAGAGAGGAGGAGUGGGGUUCAAUGAGUUUGACAAUGCAGACGGGGAGGAGUGCUCUGGAGGCUCCAGUCCCAUCCAGGAGGACAGCCUGUCAUCAUGUCCCUCCCUCCCUGAGGUCUACACCCUGCCAGUCAGGGACAGGUCCAACUGCCCCGCCCUGCAGGACGGAGCAGACUCCAAGUCUCAGUGCUUCAAAAGACACACUCUAAACUAUCUGCAGGAGAUAGGAAAUGGCUGGUUUGGAAAGGUGAUCCUGGCUGAAGUGCUGUGUGACUGCAGCUCCUCUCAGGCCGUGGUGAAGGAGCUGCGUGUCAGUGCCAGCCCCCUAGAGCAGAGGAAGUUUUUGGCUGAGUCUGAGCCCUACAGAAGUCUUAAACAUCCAAACAUCCUGCAGUGUUUGGGGCAGUGCAGUGAGAGCAUCCCUUUCCUCCUGGUUAUGGAGUUCUGUCAGCUGGGUGACCUGAAGAGAUAUCUGAGAGCCCAGCGCAAGUCAGAUGGGAUGACCCCUGACCUGCCAACCCGAGAUCUCCUGACUCUGCAGAGAAUGGCUUUUGAGAUCACAUCCGGUCUGCUCCAUCUUCAUGAGAACAACUACAUCCACAGUGAUCUUGCUUUAAGAAACUGCCUGCUGACCUCAGACCUCACUGUAAGGAUAGGUGACUACGGCCUCUCACACAACCAUUAUAAGGAGGACUAUUACCUUACUCCAGACAAGCUAUGGAUUCCACUCCGCUGGAUUGCUCCGGAGCUGCUGGAGGAGUACAGAGGAUCUCUUAUCGUUACAGACCAAACAAAGACCAGCAAUGUGUGGUCCUUGGGGGUGGUUAUAUGGGAGCUGUUUGAGUUUGGGUCUCAGCCUCACAGACACCUGAGUGAUGAGGAAGUGCUGACCUUCGUCAUUAGGGAGAGGCAGAUCACUCUCGCCCAGCCCAGACUUAAACUCUCUCAUGCUGACUACUGGUAUGAGAUCAUGCAGUCCUGCUGGUUACCUCCAUCUCAACGCCCCUCUGUAGCAGAAGUAUUCCUCCUCCUCUCCUCACUCUUGGCUGCUGAGCGAGGAAUGGUAAGGGGGAGUGUCGGGGAAGAAGAUGAAGAGGAUGAGGAGUAUACGGACGGCAGAGGAAGGAGAGGGGAGAGUGAGGAGUCAUUUGAAAGACGCUGGGACUUACUUCGUCCACCUGCAUUCCAGACUGCAGCAAACGAGCGACACAGGGAGAGAGACUAUUGCAGGGAGGACAGAGACAACUCCUACCCCCUUCUGGACCCUGUGGGUAACUGUAUCACCCCUUCCUCAUCUGAACUGGAUGACAUCCUAACAGUCACUGAAACCAGCAAAGGCUUGAACUUUGAGUAUUUUUGGGAGAAGGCUCAUGCCAGACGAGGCUACAAACCUCUUCCUCCCCCUCAGCCGAUCCCUACUGUGAACAAUAACCACAGACAGUCUUUGGACACUCCCACUGUGGUCCCAGUGAUAAGCGCUCGCAGCCCGUCCCUCGCUAGUGAGUACUACAUCAGACUAGAGGAGCACACUCCCCAGGACAAGUCGCCGACUCUUAAAGGAAAGUCGUCUUACCGCUCUGACUCAAUGUGCCAUGGAGACGUGGAGUUGGUGGAGAUUCGCAGUGGAUUGCUUGGAAAAGAGCGAGUCCCUUAUUGUUCCUCUGAGAAAUGUGGAAAGGGCCUUCAGACCAUCAGAUCUAGCGAGGUUCAACUCCAGGUGCCAAACACAGCCUCGCUCAAUGUCGAUGUCAUCAGCCAACCACCUUCAUUCACGCCCCCUGCCUGCCCCUCCACUGGGAUACAGAGGACUGCCACACUACACUAUUGGUGGAAAAAUUGA